UGUCAAAAUCGUGAAUCUUUGGGUGAAUUUGAUAGUAUUUUGGGUUAUGAAAAAUUAAUAAAAAUAAACAAAAAUGUAUACAGAAGUGGACGUAUUUGUCAGUAAUUACACUUUAAUUGAUCCGGAGAUAUAUCAAUUGUGGAUAGAAGGCUGUUCUUCAAGUGAAGCAGUGUCUACUCUGCAUCAGAGAGGUUUCGCUAAGCAGCACGGAGCUACAGUUGAACUUAUUGCUAGCGAUGUGCUGGAUCACUACAGGACGUUUGCUCUCUUGGAGCGGUUGCUCACGGUGCCGUCGAAGUUAUCGGAGCAGAUGAUAUUCCAGAUCGACGAGGCCUCCAAACAGAUGCUCAUUGAGAAGUAUUAUGACUUGGAUGAUGCAGUGAUUAGAGAGCUGCUGGGAAGAAAACUGUCUUCGCGACACAGGAAAGAUUUAGAUGAGGUGGCUGAACGCUCAGGUGCCCCGCUGCGUUGCUGCCGGCGUCAGUUCGACAACGUGCGGCGCGUGUUCAAGGCGGUCGAGGAGAUGCCCGGCAACGUCGUCGCCAAUAUACGCACCACCUUCCUGCUGCAAGAGCCGCUGGCCAAAAAGUAUGGUGCAGUAGUGUUUAUAGCGUGCAUGCGUUUCGAGACAACCAAGAGGAAGUUACAGUAUUUAUCCUUCAAUGACUUUUAUCAUUGUGCACAGGCAAUAAUGGGCAGUUGGACAUACAGCUGCACGGGCCCGGAGUACUAUGAUACGGAGAUGGAUAGAGAGUUCCUGUUGGAGCUCAGAGAGCUGAGGAUCUUGCUCGACAAGGAGAAGGAGCAUAAACAUUUAAUCUGCAUGCGUCUCAGGCCAAAAUUGUUGGAGAAGUCCUAUCAAGAAUUGGAACUCAAUUUUAGACUAUACACUCGUGCACUGGUCGGCUUGGCGUGUAACCUGCAUCGCGGGAGAGAGUUGCGAUCUCUCUUCAUAGAUCUACUUGAAAGAUGUGUAGAGCCUCUAAGAUUGGGGUCAUGGCCCAAGACGGAUCUAGCGCAGUUUUUAUGCGCUUACGAACAAUGUGCGCUACAGAUGGAUGUGUUGAGGGAAGCGGACCUAAAAAGCGUUUGGGAGCGAUAUAUGAGAGUUAUAAGUCAAUGUUUGUUAACUAUGUAUCAUAUUUAACACAUUUACUUAAUUAUUGUAUGUCUUUGUUUGUAUUCACUCCAUUUGCCUAGGCACUUAACUUAAAGUAAAAAAUCUUGAUCAUCAUCUCCCGAGUCUUUUCCCAACUAUGUUGGGGUCGGCUUCCAGUCUAACUGGAUGCAGCUGAGUACCAGUGUGCCACAAGGAAUGAACCUCAACCCAGUUACCCGGGCAACCCACUAACCCAAAAACAUCUUGAUUUAUAUUUUUUAUUUAAAAACUUAGAUCAAAAAUAUUAAAAUUACUUGAUCAAUUGAAUCAUUAUUUUAAGCAAUAGUUUAUUCGUUUAAUAUGUAUUUGUGUAAAAAGUCCUAAGUAUCAAGAUUGUUUACCUUCAGUUAAAUACCUACUCAAAUUGGAGUAUAAAUGUUGUCUUAUGUACUUUUGGUAAGAUAAUUAUUAACAGACAAGGUGUUGAUUUGCAUCUGUGCAAUAUUUCAGGAGGUUCACAUAAAAUACGUAAAUAGUCGAUUGGAAUUACAGUAGACGGGAAAUAGUUAAUAUGCGCUGCUUUUUUUUUUUUGUUAUCGUAAUGUCGUAGUAUUUCAGAACUAACCCAAUUUUAUGAAUGAUCGUUGCGUAUGCUUUGUGUUUGCGUUUGUGUGAGGGCGCAGCACGGUUUUAAGGCCAAGUAACACACGCGCCGAGUUGAAAUACGGGUCGGUGAAUUUCCAAAAAAAUAAUAAUUACGUACCAAUUUUUUUGUUGAAUUGGGUUAAGAAUCAUUAGCAUAAUUACAUCCUUGAUUAUUGCACGGAUGCAAAUCAACAGCUUGUAUUAAAUGUAUAUUAUAAACUUGCUAAAAAUGUUAACUAUAUUGAAAUAAUGUAAUCUAGUCUGUAUGAAGAUAGCUAAAGACUCAGUGAGUUAUUAUUUCAUUUUAUAAUGGAAGAAAUUGUAUAGAAGUAUGUCUUAAAAAUUUAAUCAAUAUAUUUCUUAUGUUCAAGGCAAUUGUAAAAAUCUUCGCCAAUUAAAAUCGUUGUACUUAUAGCUUCAAAAAUAAAUUAAGAAUGUUUUAGAAAAAUAAAAACCCAUAAAUUCGAAA